GCCCCUUCACCUGGCGGAGUAUAUAAGGCCUGGUGACGGAGAAAGAGCGCCUGUGUUCAUCUGUCUGUCUCAAAGUGUUCUUGCUAUUCACUCCUUGCAUUAUGAAGGUUGUCAUUCUCCUGGCGGUGGUGGCGGCGGCGACGGCGGCCAAACUAGGCAGGCUGGAGGAAGAGAUCAUUGAGCCCCCCAAGCCCUACAACUUCGGUUUCGAGGUGCGAGAUGACGAGACCACAAACUACCAGAACCGCGCUGAGGUCUCUGACGAUGAGGGACGCGUCAAGGGCUCUUACAGCUACGUGUUGCCCGAUGGCUUCGUCUACACUGUCACCUACGAGGAUAAGAAGGACGGAGAGGGACUCAAGGCUGUGGUGAGGAAGGAACCCUCUGGCAUCCAAGUCAUCAUCCCAGAGCCUAAGCUAAGAAAGCCUGUCACAUUAGUGUAGGCUCACCCUACCUAGGCCCACCUGUACGGGAGCCUAGUGUAGCCUAGUCUAGCUUAGUGCAGAAUGUAGAAUGUGUAUGGUUCUCUCCUCUCUCUCUCUCUCUCUCUCUCUCACACACACACACAAACACACACGCAUAGUCAAUUUCUUAUUUAACUUAUAAUCUAGAUACAAUACAAUAAAGAAAAUUAGUGCAGGCUUCAAAAAAUAAUGUAUAUGAAAAUAAAUAAAUAUGCAUUAUACGGUCUUAAAUUAUUAGUAUUCUCUCUCUCUCUCUCUCUCUCUCUCUCUCUCUCUCUUUCAUGAGGAGCUAUACAUUGUUAGUUAAUGACUGUUAUGCAUUUCCACAAUGUUCAACCCUUUACUAUAGAACUACUAUUACCACUGAUACCUGUUUGUGUUACUUGAACUUUUGUAAAACUCUAAGAUUAAAUAGUAUGUUUUGA